AUGGGUGAUUGUAUCAAAAUAUCUGCCACGGACCGAAAUUUGUUAUUGCAGCACACGGAACGCACCAAAUCUCUGGCAGAACUGUACGUAAUCGUCCUGCAGUUGAUUACGCACGCCAAUCGACCUUUACGACUUCUUGAGAUUGCCGAUUGUAUCAAGGUAACCAAGCCCAAGUAUGGGAAAGAUACUGACCAGACAGUUUGCAUCGCACACCACUCCCUAGAGGACUAUCUCUUGACACCCAAUCGAAUACCAGUCGAAAAAAGGAUUCCGGUUUUCAAACGAGGGCCUACACAUGACCUCCUUGUGAAUCUGUGCGUGUCAUAUCUUCAAGCAAGUUCCCUAGAGACAUAUGAUGUUGUGCAGUUCUUUCGAGGUAUCGCGUGGGGCACAUCAGAGGAACAAGAGCUUCCACCAUUUUUGAGCUAUGCGGCAACGAACUGGCAUUUCCACACCGACGCGGCCGCCAAGCAUGGGGUUAUACGAGAGCACACGAAUACUCAGAUACUCUCACUUUUGACGACACCGAGAUACGUGGAUUGCCUAGCUUGGCUGAACGACGAUGUAAAAUGGAAGGGGGCGUCCCAAGGCCAGGAUAUGACUCCAGAGACCGAGGCCUUACUCUUUUCCAUCCGCCUGGGACUGGCCAGUUUCGUAGAAGCCCUGCUUCGAGCCAGCGAUGGUAUAGCGAUCAUGUACGAAGGGACUCUAGAUACAGACCCACCAUUACAUCAGGCCGUGGUUAAAGGCAACAUCAACCUCGUUCGUCUACUCACUAGAUAUGGAGCAAAGCCAACCCAGUUCAACAGCCAAGGCGCAACACCUCUUCACUUGGCUGUUGGAUACACUUCUGAAGGGGAAAGGAUAAAUCCCGACAUUGUUCAACAUCUCCUGGAAGCUGGUGCCGAUCCAUGGCAAGACCUGGGCGGAAACAAUAGAGUUACAGGUUCCCGCGAUGGGUUUCCACACCCAGCUAUUAAGAUUGUCCUUUACUCUAGUAAUGAGGGCAUAGCAAAAUUAGUCUUACCACAUAUAAAGAGCGAGACAGAGGCGAAAAAGGCCUUCGCCUGGGCGAUAAAUGGGUCCAAGAACAUGGAAAUCAUUCGAUUAAUUCUCAAUCUUGGCUUAAUGGAUAUCAACGCCUACUCCCAUGGCCGAUCGCUACUAUUCUCAGCAUGCCUACAACAGGAUCCGAAGAUAAUCUCGCUGUUACUGGAAGCAGACUCGGAUCCAAAUCUGCCGCUCAAUCACCCGCACGGAGGAGGUGCUAAUGUUCUACAUGCUUUGGCAUCACCCUCGUCCUACGAGUAUUGCUGCCAGGGAGGAGUUUCGGCAGAUGAUAUUAGAGAAUGUUUCAGGUUAGUCCUUGCUGGCGGCGCAAAUGUUAACAAGGCUGAUCGAAAUGGGGAUACACCACUUCAUAAAGCGCAGAGUCCCCAGGUCGUGCAACUUCUUCUCGAUGCCGGAGCGGAUGCGACCGUAGCUAAUCAGAAUGGGGAGGCCCCAAUACAUAUCUCAUACAACGUUGACAUGAUCAAGGCCCUUCUCAGCAAGACCAGCAUCGAUGUGAGAGACCUAGAUGGGAAAACUGUACUUCUCAAAGCUUUAUCAGAUCGGGACUUUCGACUGUCAGCUGACAGAACGCCAGUUGAAGGAUUCUUUCUCAAAAUUAUAGAGUUAGGCGCCGAUACAAGCGUCAUUGACCAUCACGGUAACAGCGCCUUGCACUAUUUGGUAAGCAGGGAAGGCCUUGGCAAGCCGCAGGGCAGGAAGCUGUUAGAAAGCUUGAUCAAAGGCGGCGUGGAUCCAUAUCUGCACAACAAAGAUGGGCAGUUGGCGAUUGACAAACUCGGCAUUUCUAGGUUGGAGGACUUGGAAGCAUUUCUGGAGGUCACAAAGGUGGACGUAAACGCAAUGGACAACCAUGGCCGCACAUUCCUGUUCAACGUCAUCAACAGGCACGGGCACUACAGAAAUGGCCAAUUAGAGGCCUUUAUAGGUCUUGUGUCGAAGGCAGGAGCACGAUUUGACAUCACGGACCAGCGUGGAUGGACACUUCUACAAGCCGCAUUACGACAUUGUCGAACAGAUGAAAAGAUUCUCAGACUUCUUGUUGAACAUGGAGCGGAUGCAAAGCAGACGGACAUCGAUGGUAAUACCAUGUGGCACGAGGGAGCAGCUCAGUUCGCCACUCGCAGGGUCUCGCCACAGUUGUUCCAUGAUAUCACAGCUUUGAGCGUGGAUCCAAGAAAAGCCAAUAAGCUUGGGAGACUUCCACUACAUAUCCUGUGUAGUUACGAUCAAUGGUGGCUAGUGCCUGGUAUUCAUGGCAAAAUCACGCUGGACCGCGGCAAUGAGGCUGAGAAGGAAGAUAAGACAACUGUGUUCGAUUUUAUACUCCAACAGGGCCCGGAAGAUGUGAAUUGUAUGGAUCGUGAUGGUAUCACGCCUUUUUACCUCACGUCGACUUUCUCGACAGACCUCACGAGCAGACUUCUCGAAGCUGGUGCUGACCCGACCCUGUCUACGCGUGAGAACAUCAACUUCUUUCAUCUCGCAUCCCGAUGCCGUCAAAGUAACACCAUUGGUCUACUGCUAGACUGGUUCAGGACUACCAGAACAGCAGAGGAUCUACAUGCAGCAGUCAACGCCAAAGACAGCCGAGGAAGAACACCGCUUCACUAUGCCUGCGCUUCAGGCAUAUACCAAUCUGUUCAGCUUCUCAUCGAAUCUGGAGCGCGUGUUGACUUGGAAACAUAUGAAGGCUCAGCUCUGAAUGGCUGUGUUGACUUUGAAGAGGAACUGAAGAACUGGGAUCGCUAUAAUUCCACCGAGCAGGAGAGAUCUGCUGGUGGUGUCCUUAUUGAUGACAAGACUCGAUCAAAGGUUGCUCAAAGUGGCUGGACCUCUUAUCGAAAAGAAAGACUUGAUGAAAUACUGGAGCUUCUGAUCAGCAACACUACCGCUGCGGCCAGUCAUGGCAUUGACAAUGCUAUCACUGCAGCAAUGGGCCGACACUGCGACUAUACCAUUGAACAGCUCAUGCGAACUCGAAGAUCCUUAGGCUUUACUCAUAGCUUGACUUAUGAAGUUGGGGUCAAGUCCUGUUUAGACAGAAGAGCAAGAGAAUUGGCUACCGAGAUGGGAAAUCCUGACUUUACAAAUCAUAUCGACUCCUCGAUAGGCUCGCGGUUUUACGACGUUGUUCCCUCUUGCGUCGCAAAAUAUUCACCUGAGCUCAAAGGACUUCACAGUGUUCUUAUCAAACUAUCCAAGUCAGGCUUCGCACAGAUCCUAGAUAACUUGCUGACACCCGAGGUCGUCUCACGACUUGAGAAUGAGCUUGACUCAACAACAGUCGGUGUUCGAAAUAGCCAGAGGAUGGCCUCUCUGUUAGUCGCUGCCUGUGAAUCUGAUGAGCCAAACAUGCCUCUAAUUCAGCUUCUGGUUAAGAAAGGAGCCAGAUUGGAUUGUCUCGGUCUCCCAGUCGACCAUCAAUACAGGGGCCAAGUCCCAGAGACGCCUCUUCAUACUGUGGUUAGAGGCGGACAUCAUCCCUGGUGGCACACGGCGCAGGCCCUUCGCUUCAUACUCGAACAAGGAGGAAACCUGGAGGUCAAAGAUGCCCACGGACUCACACCUCUCAACGCCAGCCUGGAGAACAUGAUCGAGUCUUGUUGGAAUAGCAAGGCCACGGAGAUGCUUCUGAGAGCGGGAGCGGAUCCUUCGAGUGUGGACAGUGCAGGCAAGUCCUGUCUUGCUCGUGCCAUUAGCAACAAGAUUGUCCACACGAUGCUAAUCCAGAACGGAGCCGUAACCGCUAUUGAUCACUCGUCACUGGCCUCUUGUAUCCUUGCCAAGGAUAUCGACAUGCUAGAGCGGAUACUAGCCUCUGGUGCUGACCCGAACGCUCGCAAGAAUGGGGAUGAAAGAAAGGAUCCGCGCUCCCAGGAGGAAUCUUUUCCUUUAGAACUGGCUGUCAACGAGAUCAGUCCUGAUCCGAUUUGCCAGCGUAUGAUCGAGUUAUUACUCGAGCACCGCGCCGACCCAAAUGCUCACUAUCCACAGACGACGGUGGUGCAUAGAUUGCUGAUGGGGACAAGCGGGCGUGCGCAGAGGAAUCGCUACCUUGACAUUAUCCUGCAGCAUCCACGGCUUGACGUCAAUCUCAAGACUAAGGGUGGUACUCCGUUACUGCGCAGUGCUUAUAGCAUGGGGGAUUUGAGUUCGGUCGAUAUUCUCCUUGAAAGGGGUGCCGAUGUACGGAUAAGCGACGGGUCUGGCCGUAAUCUCCUACAUUUUCGGCCCCAUCUCCCUUACCAUGAGGAUGGUGACUGGAAGUCUAAGAAAACGCACGACUACGACUCUCGAAGAAGUCUAAUAAAGAAAUUUUUUGUUCUCGCUCCUGAUCUCCUACACCAGGUAGACAAACACGGUAGAACUCCUCUUCACUACGCCAUGGGUGACAGAGAGGGUCCGGGAGAAGAAGUGGAGUUAUUCCUAGCUGCAGGUGCAAAUGUUUGUGCCCAGGAUGAAAAUGGAGAUACGCCACUUCAUUCACUUUUCAAGGGCAGAUGGGAUCUUGUCACAGAUGGAAACGGCGACGCAGCCUGGAGUGGAGCCCCAAAGAGAUUGCUAGAAUUGUUUCUCUCCAAAGGUGCCGACAUCAAUGCGCGCAACAAAGCAGGAGAGACACCAGUGUUCUCUUACUUUCGUGAAGGAAGUGGGAGUAAAGGCCCUGUUCGGUUUGAGAUGUGGGAAGACGCCGAAGAACAAGCUGCCGUUGACAGAGAACCAAUGCUGUGGGCGCUCUUUGAUGAGCUUGGUGUUGACUGGACUGCUAUGAAUAAUAGAGGACAAUCACUGCUUCACAUAGUAGCGGCCAAGGACUAUUCAAGCAUCGGGUGCGAUUUUGAACCAGAAAGGUUACCUAGAUUUAAGUUCUUGGUGGGCAAGGGGCUGGAUGCGUUGAGGGAGGAUUCUGAAUACCGGACAGUGCUGGAUGUUGCAGCUGCGAGUAACGCUGAAGAUAUUCUCAAGUGGGUUACAAUGAAAGAGCUCGUAAGUACUUCUAUUUACAUCUAG